CUCUUCCAGACCCACCCACCCACCCAGCAGAUCUGACCCACUACAAUCCACGGAGCCCACGGGAGCUGCUGCUGCUUCGAAUCACGGAUUUUUUUUAAUGCUUCUGCUCCUCUAGUCCACCUGGAUUUACAAUCAGAUCCACUCUCAUCAUUGUUGGACAUCUUUUUUAUUUUUACAAUAUUUAGUAGCGUUUAUUGGUUUUGAUUAUUAGUCUAAUUCCUUACUAAUUCCAGUUAGUUUUCGACAGCAGCGACGGGAGCUGCUUUAUUAAACUUUACGGAUUCCUAACCUUACAGUUUUUCUGGGGUUCUUUUUUUUUGCUCCAUAUUUUGGACUCUUGGUAAAGAAUAAAAAGCACCAUGCACAAACUAUACAUCGGGAAUCUGGGCGACAGCGUGACCGCUGAGGACUUGGUGAAAACCUUCGAGGAUCAUAAGAUCCCUUACUCCGGACAGUUCCUCAUGAAGAACGGCUAUGCCUUCGUGGACUGCCCCGAUGACCACUGGGCGAUGAAAGCCAUCGAAACAUUUUCGGGUAAAGUGGAACUUCAUGGGAAACGCAUUGAGGUGGAGCAUUCUGUCCCCAAGAAACAAAGGACCAGAAAACUGCAGAUCAGGAACAUCCCCCCCCACCUGCAGUGGGAGGUGCUGGACGGACUGCUGGCUCAGUGUGGGACCGUAGAAAACUGUGAACAAGUGAAUACAGAGAGCGAGACUGCGGUGGUUAACGUCACAUACGCUUCCCGGGAGCACGCCAGACAAGCCAUCCAGAAGCUGAACGGAUAUCAGCUGGAGAGCAAUGCCCUGCGCGUCUCCUACAUCCCCGACGAGACCUCCGACAUGGACGGACAGCGGGGGACCGAGAACGGCCGUCGCCCCGGCUACGGGCCCCGCGGCGGACUCCGCGGCGGCUCCCCGAACUCGGGAAUGCCACCCAAACCUCCGCACGCCGACAUCCCCCUCAGGCUGCUGGUGCCCACCCAGUACGUUGGAGCCAUCAUCGGCAAGGAGGGAGCCACCAUCCGCAACAUCACCAAGCAGACGCAGAGCAAGAUUGACGUCCACCGUAAGGAGAACGCCGGCGCCGCUGAGAAGCCCAUCAGCAUCCACUCCACGCCGGAAGGCUGCUCAGCCGCCUGCCGCAUGAUCCUGGAGAUCAUGCACCAGGAGGCCAAAGACACCAAGACGGCGGAUGAGGUCCCUCUGAAGGUUCUCGCCCACAACAACUUUGUCGGCCGGCUUAUCGGGAAGGAAGGACGCAACCUGAAAAAAGUGGAGCAGGACACGGAUACAAAGAUAACCAUCUCACCCCUCCAGGACCUGACCCUGUAUAACCCGGAGAGAACCAUCACUGUCAAAGGCUCCAUCGAAGCUUGCUGCAAGGCCGAGGUGGAGAUCAUGAAGAAGGUCAGAGAGGCCUACGAGAACGACAUUGCAGCCAUGAACCAACAAACUCACCUGAUCCCUGGACUGAACCUGGGCGCUCUGGGCCUCUUCCCUCCUUCAUCCAACAUGCCCCCCCCUCCACCUGGAAAUGCAGUGGGAGGAGCCCCCUAUGGCUCCUUUGGGGCUCCGGAGCAGGAGACGGUCCAUGUCUACAUCCCAGCACAAGCAGUGGGGGCCAUCAUCGGCAAGAAGGGACAGCACAUCAAACAGCUGAGCCGCUUCGCUGGAGCCUCCAUUAAGAUCGCGCCGGCGGAAACCCCGGACUCCAAAAUGAGGAUGGUGAUUGUGACGGGACCCCCGGAGGCUCAGUUCAAGGCUCAGGGCAGAAUCUAUGGAAAACUGAAAGAGGAGAAUUUUUUCGGACCAAAAGAGGAAGUCAAGCUGGAGACUCACAUUAAAAUGGCGGCUGCUGCUGCAGGGAGAGUCAUCGGCAAAGGAGGAAAGACGGUGAGCAGCAAUUCAGUUCAGUUUAUUUCUGUUGCGCCGAUUCUUAGACCCUUUAUAGAGAAAAUUCAACCAGAUCAUCCAGUCCGAUUGCUGGCUCAGAGGAAGAUUCGUGAUAUCCUGACGCAGGUCAAAAUGUCUCAGAAAGGUGGGAUGGGUAUGGGCCCCGGCCCCAGCCCCCAGGGUUUCACCGAAAUGGGCAGCCCUACGCCGGGAGUGAAUCAGGAUCACCAGCCACGCAGGAAGUGAGGGCCUCUUCCCACCCCACCUGACUGACGUGUGCAGACGGACGGACGGACGAACGGAUACAGAAGAGUAAAACACGGACCCAGCAAUAGACAGGGAGAAAUAUUGAGAAGGGUGGCGCUACGCCUGACAGCCACUGAGAAAGCCGGAAAAAUUAGGAAAAAAUCAAAAGAUGAAAUUGAUAUAAAGAGGAUUUAGAUUGAAAGAAACUUGAAAACAAAGACCCAGUGCCAGGCCAGAGGAGAGGCUGAAUGUGGAUGAUGUGGUGAAAAGGAGGGAUGGAGAGGCGGCAUGGUUCUGGCGUGCCGCGGCGGGACGCCACGCUUCGGGCAGGUUUCAGUGGCCGGUGGACCGGAUCCUGAAACCUGCCUGAAAGGUCGGCCAUGCUUCGCUCCUCCUCUGCACACCUCCAAUCAUCUGCAGUCAGCCUUAUAUUUUAAGGGCGUUUUUUAACAUAGAGAUAUAUGUAUAGAAAUGUUUUAUUCAGAGCUAUUAUUGAUAAGAAUGCAGUGAGGCGGAGCUGGGAGAGCUGGGAGCGAAGCUGCUGAGGAGCCACAGGCAUCUCUAAGCCUGGUUCUCUAAAGGAGGGGGGGCCGUAGAUGCUAACACUGCUCUUUAAACAACUCUCUGAAGAAAAAUAUGAGGUUGUAAAUAUAUCAUCUUCAUGUUAUUGUUAGUAAAUGCUGCGUCCGACCACAUUUUUUACUAAAAAAGGAGGGGUUGUCUUUCAAUUUCCCUUUCCCCCCGUGUAGCAUAACGUAGCCUACAGUUAAACGAGGGGUGAGGGGGGCACCUGGCACCCUCCUCCGUGCUUCGCUUGUGGAAGGACACAGCAAGAGACAGUAAGGAGGCGGCCGUCGCAGCUGGUCCUGCAGUUCUAAUGCAGCGGCUCAGCUACACGCUGAUAUAAGGAAGCAUGUUUACAGGCGCAGCAGCCGUGCUCGCUGGCCAGCGACCCGCACCUUCAAUGACAUAUUUUAUAUAUAUUAUAUAUAUAUGAUAUGUGAGUUAGUCCGGCCCCCAUCUGGACGUACGUCUGAGUGGCAGGUGGGACGUUUUGCUGCAGAGACAGACAGGCGAGGCGCGUCUGAGACCCUCUGAUCUUUGCGUUCUUCCAGCGGCGGGCAGCCGAGCUCCCCCGUCUGAAACGGAGACCCCUCUGGUACCAGAGCCGUUUCCACAGCUACUGACGGGGACUAGGCCCCAAAUCACUGGAACAUCCCAAAACUCCCACCUUCACCUCAGCAGUUAAAGCCUGACUUGAUUGGAAGCAGCUUCCUGGUCUCCUCUCCCAGUUCCUGCCAAAGGCCUGUGGGCGGAGCCUCCAGAUCCUGCCUGUGUAUGAUAAUGAGUGGCAGGAGCGUGGAUGCUUUACCAAGAUUAGAACAGAUCAGAGAAGAAACGAUAAAGAAAAAACUACCUCAGGGUAAAAUUACCUCAGUAUUCCUAACUUUUUUUUUUUUUUUUUUUCGCUUGCUGGUGUUUUAUAUAAAUAGAAAAAAAAGAGCUAAUAGUCCUUAAUAUGUUUUAUUUUUUUAAGAUUUUUUUUUUUUUUUUUUUUUAGUAUUGUUAAUUUUUAGGGUGGGGUGGGGGGGUGGAUGAAUGAAUUCGGGACGACACGGAGGCGGUUUUGUUCUAAGCACAGAGAUAAAACGCUGGUGGGGGAAAAAACGCGCCAUCCGUCUCCCUGAAGCGUGAUUGGAUCAGCCACUGCCUGAAGUGGAAAACUGGCCAAUGGGGAGCAGUGUUACCUUUAGAGGCGGGUCCUAACAGGCUCAAGGAUGACCAAACACAGCACUCUGAGCUUCUAGUUGACUCUUAGGAACGGCGGUCUCCUCCGCCUGCCUCUGCUAUCAGUCAGCGUGCCUGCCUGAACCCUGAAGGACCCGCCUCUGGUGCCUUAUUGUUGUGACAUCAUCAGGAAGCGCCAAACAGGAGCUGUUUUCUCCCUCAGCCGUUCCAGAGCUUCAUCCUUUGAGCAGUUGUCCAUCCAGAGCCUAACUGUCGGCGUUUUAGAGGGCGCAGCAGCUGGUCACACUGCAGGCAGCUCUGAUGUCUCCAAAUGUGAAUAUUUAUUACCUGUGCACUGACCAUGAUGCUCCCUGUUGGCUGAAUGGGCGUGUUUGUAAAAAGCAGGCAUUUGCAAGUUUGUGUUGUUUUUUUUGUUUGUUUUUUUUGUGGUCAGGGAAUGUGGUUGGUUUAAAAAAAGGCAGAACCUUAAGGCCCCUCCAUCUGCGAGCAGACUCAUCAAAGAUGGAGAAACAUUCUGGAAAAUGGGAGCAAAACAGCAGGAAAGCUGCUGUCAGACCGUUAA